AUGUUAGCAAGCAGGCCUGGAUUUUUGGCGAAAAGAGUCUUAAGAAACUCGUGCUAUAUACUGGCUCGAUAUCACCAUGUUAUUGGUAUCGAUUUGGGUACUACAAACUCCGCAGUGGCAAUAAUGGAAGGAAAAGAAGCACGGAUUCUUGAAAACGAAGAAGGGAAACGCACUACACCCUCUAUUGUAGCAAUUUCGAAAGACAAUCAGACAUUGGUGGGACUUUCUGCAAAACGGCAGGCAUUGGUCAAUCCGCGUAAUACAUUUUUCGCUACAAAAAGAUUGAUUGGCAGAAAAUUCGAGGAUGAGGAAGUGCAAAAAGAUCUCGGCAAUGUGCCAUAUUCCAUUGUCAAGCACGAAAAUGGAGAUGCUUGGGUCGAGACUACUGAACAUAAAAAGUUCUCUCCCUCGGAGAUAGGCAGUAUAGUGCUCCAGAAAAUGAGACAGGUGGCUCAGUCACACCUUCUGGGAGAAGUGAAGCAUGCAGUUGUUACAGUUCCUGCGUAUUUCAAUGAUCUGCAAAGACAAUCCACUAAAGAUGCGGGAAAAUUGGCAGGUUUGGAAGUUUUGAGAGUGAUCAAUGAGCCCACUGCCGCUGCCCUUGCCUAUGGUAUUGACAAGAAGAAAUCUGAUGGCACCGUGGCAGUGUUUGACUUUGGAGGAGGCACUUUUGACAUUUCAAUUUUAGAAAUUGACAACUGUGUUUUUGAGGUGAGGGCGACUAAUGGAAACACGCAUUUGGGUGGCGAGGACUUCGACAUACUCCUUUUGAAGCACAUUAUUGAUCGGUUCAAAGCUGAGAGUGGCAUCGACCUUUCGCAAGACCGCCUUGCGGUGCAGCGUAUUAGAGAGGCGGCCGAGAAGUGUAAAAUCGAGCUUUCGCACGUGUCAGAGACACAGAUAAAUCUUCCGUUUAUCACCGCAGAUCAGCAUAUUCUCAUGAACUUGAAAGAGACAGAUCUUGAUGAGAUGUCGCUUCACUUAAUCAACAAGACAGUUGAUCCCGUGAAAAGAUGCCUUCGAGAUGCCGAACUUUUGGCCCAAGAAAUCGAUGAGAUUAUUAUGGUAGGUGGGAUGACACGGAUGCCUAAAAUCAGAAAAAACGUCGAAAGGCUUUUUGGCAAGAAACCCAACACUGCAGUCAAUCCAGAUGAAGCAGUUGCAUUGGGUGCUGCCAUCCAAGGUGCUGUCUUGUCAGGCCAGCUAAAGGAUGUUGUCCUUUUAGAUGUCACUCCAUUGACCUUGGGUAUCGAGACAUACGGGGGAAUCUUUAGCCCUUUGAUACCAAGAAACACCGCAGUUCCAGUUAAAAAAGAGCAGGCAUUUUCAACUGCUGUGGAUGGCCAAACUGGGGUAGAGGUCCGCGUCUAUCAAGGUGAGAGACCUCUUGUAAAGGACAACAAGCUUAUUGGAGACUUUAAAUUGGGUAAUAUACCUUUUGGUCCCAAGGGCACACCACAAAUUGUGGUAUCUUUUGAUAUUGAUGCCGAUGGAAUCAUUAAUGUGUCUGCCGCUGAUAAAACUCCGUACCCUGAGGGCUCGCCAAAUUUUGGGAAACCGAACACGGUUUCAAUCCAAGUCUCUGGCCAGACUGGCUUUUCGGAUCUGGAGAUUCAGGAAAUUUUGGCUAAUAGUGAGGCAAAUGCAAAGAAGGAUGCAGAAUUCAAAAACUAUGUUUCCCAUGCUGCUCGUAUGGAUAUUCUUUGCUGUGAUGCUGAAAAUGCCGUGGCGCAAUUUGGCGAGCUAAUGGAAGAGGUUGAUAUAUCUGCAAUUAGCAGCGUUAUCGAGUCAUUGCGAAAAAGAAUCACCGAUAUCAGGGACAAGCAAAUCUUGCAUGAUAUUCAAAAAAUGACCGAAGACGUGAAUCACUUACAAAGCAUAUGUAUGGCCAGCAUACAAAAAGUUGCCCAGAAGCAACAGGAAUUGAACACAGGGGGAAAGUGA